AUGCAUGACAAGUCUAUCAUCAUAUGCAAACGUCACCCACCCUUUGGAGCCCUUGUGAUCACCAUGGGUGACAGCAACAUGAUCUCCAACCUUGAAAUGAGGGCGGACCUCUACGACGCUGAAGGGGGCAACAAUGUCCUGGGACAGAAGAUGCAACAAAACCUCCUUGGUACCAACCUCAACAACCUCUCCCAAUACACCAGAAAAUUUGCCUCUGAUGACCUUGACCCGAUCGUGAAGCUGAAGACGUUUCUGCGCCACUCGAUUGAGGGUUUUCAAACGCACCGUGUCCUCAAGCAGCGAAGAACCACAAAAUAA